AUGCCGGGCUCCACUGGGCAGAAGACAGUUCUGCGGAAGCAGGUCAGCAGCUCCUCUGUUUGGGGCUACACAUCUCAGGAAGGAUCGUCUCUGAAACACAAGAACCUCCUAAACAAAGACAAAGGAGGAAUGGAGUCAAAAGGAGAGGAAAGAGGAUCGAAAGCAAAUACCAAGCAGGACUCUGAGUCGCUGUUUCCCAGGAAAAUGUGGGGCACUUCAGACUUUGAAUUUGGCAAGCCGCUUGGCAAGGGGAGAUUUGGAGCAGUGUAUUUGGCCCGGGAGAAAAAGACUCACUUCAUCUUGGCUUUAAAAGUCAUAUUUAAGUCGGCCUUGGAGAAAGCCCAGCUAGAACACCAGCUCCGAAGAGAAAUAGAGAUACUAAGUCACCUCAGACAUCCAAAUAUCCUAAGGAUGUAUAACUACUUUCAUGAUCAAUCCAGAAUUUUUCUGAUGUUGGAAUAUGCUCCAAAGGGGGAGUUGUACAAGGAGCUACAAAAGCAAAAACGCUUUGAUGACAUUAGAACAGCAACAUAUAUGGAAGAAAUAGCGGAUGCUCUGAUGUACUGUCAUGCUCAGAAAGUGAUCCACAGAGAUAUUAAGCCCGAAAACCUCCUAUUGGGAUUAAGAGGAGAGCUGAAGUUGGCAGACUUUGGCUGGUCAGUGCAUGCUCCAUCACUAAGGCGGACAACACUAUGUGGCACCACAGACUACCUUGCUCCAGAAAUGAUAGAGGGGAGUCCCCACAAUGAAAAUGUGGAUGUGUGGUGUGUUGGUGUCCUUUGUUACGAGUGUCUGGCAGGAUAUGCACCAUUUGAAGCACCAACUCGAAUAGAGACAUUCAAACGAAUAAAAGAGGUUGACUUUGAAUUUCCUCCUUGGGUGUCAGAUGGAGCCAGGGAUCUAAUCUCCAAAAUACUUAACCGAACACCUUCUGUGCGGCUUCCCCUGAAAGAAAUAAUAGUACAUCCAUGGGUUAAGACCAAGUCAAGGAGAAUUUUGCCUCCUGUCUACAAUCAAGAAUAGUAACUGCUUGCACUGCACCUUGAAGGCUGUUCUUUGUAAAUAUGUAUUGUAUUUAAGGUUGUUACUCCUAUAUACCAUUACCUCUCCACACUGAUAGAAAUAUGCCUUGUGUAUCUACCACAUUCGUAAUGGCUG